ACGACUCUCCGCUCUAUGUAUACCAUGUCUAAGUAACUAUAAUGCCAGUCGAUGCUCAUAUUCUCGUCCUCGGCGCCGGCGUCACUGGCCUCACCAGCGCCAUGCUACUUGCAGAAGCCGGCUAUGAAGUUACAAUUAUCGCAGCACACGUACCCGGCGACAGCAGCAUUGAAUACACAUCACCUUGGGCCGGUGCCCACUGGCGAACACAUGCGUCAUCUGAAGAACCUAUGCUCUGCGACUGGGACAUCCAAACAUAUGAGUACUGGUCUGCAUUGCUAGAUACAGAAAACAAAGACCUGCAACUACACCGGUCUGGGAUCAAGAUGUACGAGUCCUAUGAUUACUGGGAUGGUCCAGUAACCGAAGACUUGUGGUGGGCGCCCUACGUACGGAACUUCAGGCAUGUGUCGGAGUCCCAGGAGCCGCUCAUUUCGAUAAGUAAAAGGACGCCCCCUAGAGCGCCUCAGAUUGCGAAUGCUGUAGCCUGCCGCGCCAUGGCCAUCAACGUGCCUCAGUACCUUCUCUAUCUUCUGGAGCAAAGCCGGUCGCUGGGUGUCAAGCUAAUAAAGGCUCGCUUGCCUGUCGGUCGGGGCUUGAAGGCGGCAUUACUUGCUGCCGAGAGUACCGUCACGGUGAACGGAAGGCGUCUGCCGGACUGUUACGUUAACGCAACUGGGUUGGGAGCCAGAAAGCUCUGCGGAGACGAAGCGCUGUACCCGAUCCGCGGCCAAACCGUGUUGGUUAAAGGCGAGGCGAAUGCCAUCACCACUAGAAUUGGAGAAGGCCACAGAACUUACUGUAUCCCCCGACCAGGUUCCAACUCCACUAUUCUGGGUGGUACGAGGGAGGAUGGUGAGUGGAGUGAGACGCCAGAUCCGAAGACGACAAGCCAGAUACUCGAACGUUGCAGCGCAAUGGUCCCUGAGUUGCUGACUGGCAGAGACGGAGGCUUCGAAGUUAUCAGUGUGCAGUGCGGACUGCGGCCGGGCAGAAAUGGAGGCCCACGGAUGGAGAAGGAGGAUGUUGACGGGACGAAGGUCGUUCAUGCUUACGGCCACGCUGGAGCCGGGUACCAGAACUCUGUGGGCUCCGCACGUUUAGUGCGAAGAUUAGUGGACGAAAGUCUUACUCCGACGUUCGGAACCGCGAGGCUUUGAACAGCAACGGACCUCGCGUGCAUUCAGAACUGCACAUCAGCCUCUGGAACUCUCAAGAAGCACCGCUUUCAUUACGACUUCCUUGUUGGACGUCUGCGAGCCGCUUCAACAUAGCAGCGAUAGCUUUUGCGUCCCGAUCGGACCGCUGCUGUACUUCGCUGUCACUCAUGGUGUUGAGCUGGCCGAACAGCCACAUCUCCUGGAGUCGCCGGAUGAGUGACUGAGCCUCUUCGACAGCACGUAU